CUCCGCUCAGGUGGCUUGGAUAGCACCACAUUUCAGUUAUCCAGCCAUUCAUCCUUAUCAGGAGAAACACCUCCUGUUUACACACUGAAUAGUAGCAAUGUUGUCCCUUCCCAGACAUCUAUUCAUUGUGGAGCUAAUCAUGGUCCUAUCAGAUGGAGCAUGGCAAGCAAUUUUGCAAACAAAAGGAAUCAAGGGAUUGUAUGGAUGGCAGACACAGUGCUUGAAUAUAGCAACAAAACCGAACCAAAAUUUACUCUACUCCUUGCCGACAUCUGGAGGAAAAACUCUAGUUGCCGAAAUACUUAUGAUUCGUGAACUUCUGUGCAAUCAAAAGCACUGCCUUUUCGUCUUGCCCUACGUCAGCAUUGUACAAGAGAAAAUUCGGACCCUUUCCGCGCUUGCCAUAGCUCUAAAUUUUUCCAUAGAAGAGUAUGCUGGAAAUAGGGGAACCUAUCCUCCCCGCCAACGGAAAUCUAAGCGAGUUAUCUAUAUUGCUACAUUAGAGAAGGCCCAUGGAAUCAUCAACAGUUUAUUAGAAUUGGGAAGAUUGCAAGAAAUCGGCUUGGUAGUGGUGGAUGAGAUUCACAUCGUCGGUGAGGGUAAACGAGGAGCAACGCUUGAAACCUUACUUUGCAAACUUCUGCUUGCUCCCAUUGGGCCUCGCAUGGUAGCUAUGAGCGCUACAAUAGGAAACAUCGACGAACUGAGUAAUUUCCUUAAGGCUGAGAUUUACACAGAAGACUUUCGACCAGUCCAACUUAGGGAGUUCCUCAAAACUGGUGAUCAAAUACUAGAAAUAGACAAGAGACAACGGGGAGCGCAGGAGAACUUCAUGAACAUUCGCGAUCAGUAUCCGGCCACGUCUGCAACAAACCGCAAAAACGAUCCCGAUGGUCUAAGUGUUUUGGUUUCGGAGGUAGCCCCGGAACACAGUUGUUUAGUCUUUUGCUCUACAAAGAAAAACUGUGAAAGCGUGGCCAAGCUGGUAAGCAGUAAUUUGCCACCAACACUGCAACAGUGGAAAACAGCUGAAAAACUAAAACUAAGGAGGGCAUUGGAGCAAGAAAGUGGUAGAUUAUGUCCAAUAUUGAAAUCUACAUUGCCCUUUGGAGUAGCCUAUCACCAUUCUGGCUUAACUGGAGACGAACGCCAGUUGAUUGAGGAAGCUUUUUCUUCCGGGACCCUAUGCUGUUUGUGUUGUACGUCAACACUUGCUGCCGGAGUCAAUUUGCCAGCAAGAAGGGUAAUCCUGAGAUCGCCAUACAUCGGAAAUACCCGUUUAACACGUGCUCGCUAUCAACAAAUGAUUGGCCGAGCAGGCCGAGCCGGUUUUGAUACUCAUGGAGAGAGCUUUUUGUUAGUGAAACCAAAUGAACUAACCUUUGUAACUAAUGACAUUCUCAUGGCGCCAACGAACCGAGUUUAUAGCCAAUUGGCAGAAGACGACCUUCGUGGACUACAGCAACUUUUGUUGAGUUUAAUUUCUCUCGACCUUGGAGGAAAAGAUCUUAAAACCUUGGCCGAAACCCUUCUUCAUUCUACGCUUCUCGGACAGCAGAGUUCACGUCAAAGUAUUACAACAACGGAGCUUGUGGAAAAAAGUCUCAAGAGCAUGAUGGAAAAGAACUUGAUAUUACAUGAUAAAGACGAAAAACUGGCAGUAACAAAACUUGGCCGUGCGACGCUAAAAGGCAUUGUUGACUUGGAUCGGUCGAAACAACUGUACAAUGAUCUGCGCCUAGCCCAAGGUGGUCUGGUUCUCAUGACAAAACUUCAUCUAAUGUAUCUGGUGACACCCUACGAUAUGGUCGGUACCGUAGUUCCAAUAGCGUCAACCUACUUUCAGGCCUUCAACAAAUUGUCUGCUGAAGAACUAGGGGUAGCGAGAAUGAUUGGUGUCAAUGAAACCGUCAUGGUCAAAUUAAUGUCAAAUCAACAGCAGAAAAUAGAGCGGUCUAUUUUGGAACGUUUUUAUUUGACACUGAUGCUCAACGAUCUUUUCAAAGGAGAAUCAGUGUGGAACGUCAGCGAAUUGUACGGCUGUACUCGCGGAGACGUUCAAAAUCUACUCUCUAACGCAGCAAGUUUCGCUUCUUGCGUUUACCACUUCGUUCAAGAGUUGGAUGAAUUUUGGGCCUUUUCGGAGCUGCUACUUCCUUUCAGUCGGGAGCUUUCGAUGUGUUGUACUUCAGAAUUGAUUCCUCUAAUGGAAUUACCUUCAGUGGCUAAAGGCCGGGCGCGUAUGUUAUUCAAAGCUGGCUUCCGGACAUUAACCGAUGUUGCCAAGACAGAUCCAGAUCAGCUCGUAGCUCGAGUGGACCACUUGCCUAGACGCGUUGCACAGCAAAUGAUUGCCGCCGCCAAAGUACUUGUCUACGAAAAAGCCGAUACUCUAAUAGAGGAAGCCAAUUCGCUAUUAGAAUUAGUUCCCAGACGCCAACCACUUGUCCCACUCGACGAAACAUUUCAGACACAAGCAACUGUCACCCUACCCCCAUCCUAUGCCUGCCACGUUUGGUUAACAAAUACAAAAUCUUUAGUGGAGUAUCAUUUCGGACUUUCGUUGCUAUGGUUACUAUACUUCGUAUUCCAGUUUAUGAUGCCACUACUGGAAAGACGAUCUAUCGUUGCAAGCUGGAAAAUAAUUAUUCCAGAAGGAGAGUUCCUUGUUGAGUUCGAACAUGGAACAACGUCAGGCAAACGUGUGUUAUGGAUUAACGGAAAUGAAUACCUUAGAAAAGAAUGGAUGUUCCGCCUUGUUGGUUCUGAAAAUUUCCGAAUUGGGCGUUUCGAAUGUAAAUUGGACGUUGAGCCAGAUGGUACUUUCGGAUUACUGUACUCGUUAUCUAUAAACGGCCAGGACAUUGGCGAAUUCCAAGAAGUAAACAAGAAGAGAUGGGUUACUUGGAAUGUUGACUCAAGUCAAGGAGGAAGAGACACUAUUCUAUUUGAAAAGGAUACUAUGGAUGUUUGGUUAAAUGGGAUCAAAAUUGAUUGUGAGGUCCAAUUCAUUGAUGGAGGCAAUUUAACCCAAUUUUCCAUUAAUGGUACUGUGGGGACAAUUAGAUCAAUUUCAAGUGGUAAUAAAAAGGUAGGAAUGAUUCAUCAAUGUAUUCUUGGAGAUGAAAUUUUACAACCUGACACAGACAGCAAAUGAAGAGUUUGAAUUCCAGAAACCAUAGUUUAUCUCCAUAUUAUGUGCAUGGAAGCUUUAGCGGGCAUCAAAAACAAUCACUGCAACAAAAAUUCAUGUGAAUACCUCUAAAUUUUUUAAAAAGAAGAAUGCAACUUACAUCUCUUU